CAUGGCUGCAAGCCUCCAACCUUCUUCUAACGAUUCUGUUUAGCACAGACCGCGAGGUUUUUCAUUUUCAGUACUUCCGCAGUUAUUUUGUGACAUGCUGUUUUCCCGUUAACACACUACAGUUUCCCGUGUUACACGUGGUUCUUGUAUUGGGUUUGUGAAGUUAAAUUCUACUGAAAUAAUUGACUUCUUUCUAAUCCGAAGAAUAAGUAAAGAAACAGAAAUUCAGAUGGAAAAGGAAAGCAAUCAAGCAGAAGGUGAUCUUCCAAUAAAAAAAGCAAAUGAAAUUGAUAAAAAUGAGCUUGAAGUCAAGAAACAAAAGGAAAUGGAUCCAAAUGAGCUUGAAGUCAAGAAACAAAAGGAAAUGGAUCCAAAUGAGCUUGGAAUUAAAAAAGAGUACUUAUUGAGCAUCAGGGAAAGAGUAUUGUGUACAGAAUUACUGUCUGAAAAGGAUCGUGUAUUGAUUGAUGGCUCAGAAAAGUCAAAUGAAAAUGUAGCUGACUCAAUCCAGAAAGGAGAUUUGAAAUCUAUGUCAGUGAAAUUAAAGGGCCAGAACAAAAAUCGUCCACCUCCAAUGAGAUUUGAUAUUAGUGAAAGGAUAUGUCCAUCCUUAGUAGAUGUGGCUGUAGAUGAAGAGCCAUCAGCUUGCCCUUACAAUCCCAAUUGCCGCUACAGGCAUGAUGUGAUAGAGUAUAUGAAGGAAAGAAAGCCUGAUGUACUACCUGGAGGAUGCCCUAAUUACCAAAAUAAUGGUAGAUGUUCUAGGGGCAUAAGCUGUCUUUUUGGUGAAGAACAUGUAACACCUGAAGGAAGAAACAAAAAGAACCCUAAUCCAAUCUCUCCUGGUUCAGAGUACUAUAAUUUCUUAUCAAAGGAUCUCCAAAAGUCUCUGAGGAAGAAAACAUACAACUUUAAAAAAGCAGAGAACAUUGUAAAAAAGAACAAUAAGAACCAAUGUAAGGAUGAAGUCAGCAAAAAUGUAAAGGGAACAGUUGACGAAGCAGAAACAGAACUUGUUCAUGAAGAGCCAGCUGCUAAGAAAACAAAAGUAGAAAUAGGGCCUAUUACUGAUGAAGAUAUUAUCAGUUUGAAACCUGAUGAGAAGAAAAAGAUUGACUGGAAGGGUAAGUUGUACCUGGCGCCUCUAACUACGGUCGGAAAUUUACCUUUUAGAAGAUUAUGUAAAAAGCUUGGAGCUGAUAUUACUUGUGGCGAAAUGGCCAUGGCAGAGUCUCUGGUCGGAGGUGGGCAUCAAGAAUGGGCCUUAGUGCGCAAACACAAGUCGGAGGACCUUUUUGGAGUUCAGAUCUGUGGCGCAAAUCCCUAUAUUCUUGGUAAGUGUACCCAACUGCUCGAAGAGAACACCGAAGUCGAUUUUAUUGACCUCAAUCUUGGCUGUCCAAUUGACAUGGUUUACCAAAAGGGUGCAGGCAGUGGUCUAAUGCGUAGACGUGGACCAUUGGAAUCCUCUAUAAAAACCAUGUCGCAACUACUUAAAAUUCCUUUUACUGUAAAAAUGCGUAUGGGUGUUUAUACAGACCAUCCGUUCGCUCAUCAAUUAGUGGAAAAAUGUCGAGAUUGGGGUGUCUCUAUGGUGACCGUACACGGUCGGUCCCGUGAGCAACGCUACACUCGUCUGGCAGAUUGGGAUUACAUUCGCAGUUGCGUCAAAGCAGCUGAUCCGAUGCCCAUAUUUGGAAACGGGGACUUGAUGUCAUACGAAGAUUACGAAAGGGUAGUUGAACAGAGCGGCGUUGCAGGUGUAAUGAUUGCUCGUGGGGCGUUGAUCAAACCAUGGAUUUUUACUGAGAUCAAGGAGCGAAGACAUUGGGACAUUAGUUCUAGCGAACGAUUUCAGUAUAUGAAAGAUUUUUGCAAUUAUGGACUUGAACAUUGGGGAUCCGAUUCACAGGGUGUCGAGAGAACGCGCCGUUUCCUUCUUGAGUGGCAGUCAUUUGCCCAUCGUUAUGUACCCGUUGGUUUACUUGAAAGACCACCUCAGAAAAUGAAUUUACGUCCGCCUCCUUUUCGAGGCCGUGACGACCUCGAAACGCUUCUUGGCUCGCCCAAUGCCGGUGAUUGGGUUCGCAUUUGCGAAAUGUUCCUUGGGCCCGCACCCGACGGGUUCCAGUUCCUGCCCAAACAUAAAGCCAAUUCAUGGAAGUGAGCAAACAUGGACAUUCGGUAUCCAUUCGAACGCAUUAUUGCUAGUCGAGGCAAGUACUAACGAGCAAUAAAAAACCAGCCAGUACCAGCCAUUACCGGAUUUCAACCAUCUUGUUGCACGUCACCGCAACCAUGAGCAUUAUCUAAAUCCUUCCAUAAGUCUCAUAAGUGACACCAAUAAAAUAAUAAUAAUAAUAAAAAAGGCAAAAAGAA